AUGGAUGGUGAUGUGAAACUCUCCCAGAAUGAUGGAGAAGCAUUGGAAGAUCCUUUCCAAUAUAGGAGACUGAUUGAGAAAUUGUUGUAUCUCACUAUCACACGGCCGGAUCUCUCAUAUUCAGUGAAUCGGCUAAGUCAGUUUCUUGCUAACCCAAAUGUGACUCAUUUGCAGGCAGCCUACCGUGUUUUGCAAUACUUGAAAGGCACAGUUGGUCAGGGCCUUUUCUUUUCUUCUACCUCGGCAAUAGAGCUAAAAGCCUUUGCUGACUCGGACUGGGCUGCUUGCCCCAAUACAAGGAAGUCCAUUAGUGGUUUUUGUGUUUUCAUUAGAGACUCACUUGUCUCAUGGAAAUCUAAGAAGCAACAGAUCGUGUAA